CUCUCACACGCACACCGCUAAUAAACCACUAAUACUUUUACUAUUCUCUAUCCACCCCUCUCUUCCUCUCUCUUUCUCUCUCUUUCUCUUUUGAAAUCUACGAUAAUAAGAAACGAAAAAGGGCAUUUCGUUAAAUGCUAACCACCGAAAGCAGUGAAUCCUCGGAUGCACCUGUGGUAGUAACGCUCAACAGCAACAGUAGUAAUAGUAGUAGUAGUAACAAUAACUACAACAACAGCAAUAACGAACAACACACGAACAACGUCUCCCGUUCUUCGAGCUUCCAUCACUCUUCCUCGCAACAAAAGCGGUCGAUCGGAAGCGCAGCCGAUAUCUUCAACAGUCUUAAAAUAUCAACGACCGUGCAGCAUCAAGAUCAAUCGACGCCUGCUUCGCCGAUCCCCUCGGCGACAGAUUCGCAGGUUGUCAUUCAAAGCAUUGAUGACUUUGUCAUCAAGGGAGCCAUCGGCUAUGGUUCGUCAGCAGUCGUGUACAGCGCUAUCUAUACGCCAUUGAAUCAUCGUGUGGCUCUCAAGAUGAUUGAUUUGGAUAUGUUUGAACGAAAUCAAAUCGAUGAACUUCGACGCGAAACCACCUUGAUGGCCUUAUCCAAACAUCCAAACGUGUUGCGCGUCCUGGGCUCAUUCGUACACGGAUCAAAAUUAUACAUUGUCACUCCGUAUCUUGCAGGAGGGUCAUGCUUGGAUAUCAUGAAGACCAAUUUCCGUGAAGGAUUGGACGAACUCAGCAUUGCCACGAUCCUGAAACAGGCGCUGGAGGCACUGGCUUAUUUGCACAAGAACGGACAUAUCCAUCGCGAUGUCAAGGCCGGUAACCUGUUGAUGGACGAGGAUGGCACAGUCCUCUUGGCCGAUUUUGGCGUGUCGAGCUCGUUGAUGGAUACGGGUGAUCGAGGCGUGCGAAAGACAUUUGUAGGCACGCCCUGUUGGAUGGCACCCGAAGUCAUGGAACAAGCCGGCUAUGACUACAAGGCCGAUAUCUGGAGUUUCGGUAUCACUGCUAUCGAACUGGCUACUGGCCAUGCUCCUUUUGCAAAGCUGCCUCCUCUCAAGGUGCUGAUGAUGACGCUGUCCAGUGAUCCACCUACGUUAGUGCGGGAAACCACAAAACACAAAUACUCACGUGUCUUUAAGGACAUGAUUGAUCUGUGUCUCAACAAGGAUCCUUCAAAACGACCUACGGCAGAAAAGUUAUUGCAGCAUCAGUUCUUUAAGCAGGCGAAGCGACGUGACUAUCUUGUUAAAACAUUAUUGACGGACUUGCCAGCCCUUGAACAGCGUCCACACAAGAAGAUUCCUCAACGCCAGAUCUCGAUCACAAAGACUGAUGAGUGGGAUUUUCAAGACGAUGACGUUGAAGAAGAAUCGAAAGACAAGCAACAACAACAGCAGCAGCAGCAGCAGCAACAAUCUACUAGUCAACAACAACAACAACAACAACAGGUGCAAGGCGGAAGACGGCAUAUUUCGUUUGGAGAUGUUGUCGUGAAAAAUCCGCCUCAACCCUAUGCAGCGUCUGUUCAAGCAGAAGUUGUGGCACCUACCAAAAAGUCUCGGUUUGUUGUGGAAGAAACUUCGCGCGAACAAGUCCCCUCGAUGCCCGCAGGAGGAGGAGGAGGAGCAACCGGCGAUCUUUCAAUCCCAUGCUCACGUCAGGCCAGCGUUUCAGAAACGAACAAUAGUCCGAUGUUGGCGCCUUUAACAGACAACAGUUCCGAUGAAGGUGUUAAGAAAGGCCGCUUCAGCGUCAAUAAGCAAUCCGAGCAACAGCAACAACAGCAGCAGCAGCAGCAAGAUAAACCACAUCAACAACAACAACAGUUACAGACAGCAGACUCGACUGCAUCAUCAACAUCAUCUGACAAGCCGAUUUCUAAAUCAGCUAGCCAUGAUAAUAUAGCAGGCACGCUAGAUCGUAAAUCCCGGUUUGAGGUGCACCAUGGCGAUCAUCAUCAGGCAACAACAACAAGCACGACAUCCUCAUCGGCGUCGCCACAACUCUCUGCUGUUGCCGCAGUAAAUAACCUGUCGUUAUCGCGUGAUAAUUCAUUGUCGUCGGUGAAUGGCCAUGCUUUAACACGAGACGGAUCAUCCCACUCGCGGCUGCCGGCAAGAUACCAACCUUUAACAGAUACCAAAGACGAUCACAGCAGAAAAGUUGGCCGAUUCGAGCUAUCGUCUGAAUCGGGUCGACCUAGUGGUGCUGGUGGUGGCAGUGGUGCUAGCAACAAUAACGAGAAAUCAGAUGUGCUGCAUCCGUACGAAUACUCAUCAUCGUCAAGCACAUCGCCUUCGUCAUCGUUAUCGCGCGGCCAGUUAUUGCGACUCGGCUCAGAUCAAGCGUUGCCCACGUUUCAAACACAUAUGGAGGAACUCAUCAAAGUGAACGAAACGCAACGAAAUCUAUUGCAAGAACUCUCCGGCAUACUCAAAUCAACCACAUCAUCAACAACAACAGCAUCAUCAUCAUUAUCAUCAUCAAUAAUAAAGAAGUCCGGAUCAUCCGAUACACAGGAAAGACCCAAUAGUAAUAUGGACGAACUUUUAUCUACAGUGGAUACGUUGGAGACACAGCUGCAGGCAUCGAUGCGGGAAAAUCAAUCUUUACAACGGGAAAACGAGGCACUCCGAAGGGAAAUUGAAAAUAUUCGUACCAGUAGCAGCGGUGGUAGUAGUAGUAGUAGCAGUGCUGCUGGUGGCAGUGCUAAUAAAACAUAACCGCACUUUUUUUUUUUUUUCUGAAACGUGGAGAUCGAAUUUUUUUUCUUUGGUGAUUGAGAG